GCAAACUUCCUUCCCCUUUCUUAGCUUCUGAACACCAUCCAUGGCGCUUUCCAAAACAUUAAAACGAAAAAGAAGUAGUGUCUCCAAGUUUCUUACUCUUCCAAACAACCUCAUAACGGAUAUUCUUGGUCGAGUCGCCUCCCAUUCCCUUAAGGAUCUAUUGAACGUCAAACAAACUUGCAAAUUUCUUCAUGAAGCUGCAGAAGAUGAUUACAUCUUUGAAAACGUUUCGAUACAUGGUAUUCUAAAAUAUCAAUGGAGUGAAAGAAAAGAAGCACGUUCCUUUUUCGAACGUUGCAGGCGAUGUGGGAACCGUGAUUUGUUGUUCCGAGAAGGAAUGUUUGAUUAUUUCGGCUGCCAAAAACCAGAGUUUUCAAGGCUGGAAAAAUUAAAAACCGCUGCAGAGAAAGAUCAUGCAAAUGCUAUCUAUGUUUAUGGAAUUAUCUUACUUUGCUCCGGAGAGGAUAACUUGAAAAAACAAGGUAGUGAGCUCCUACAUUCAGUGAAGAGAUUGCGACCCAACGAAGAGAUUAGAAGGUUUCGGGAGAGAACAGAGUCAAUUAUAGCAACUAUUAAGUGGGAAAAUAAUUGGAUUAAUUAUGAUGGUUUUAUCCGAAGACCGAAACUUUGUGGGCAUGAAAGGGUUUACAAAUAUAUUGAUAUGUGGUUGGAAGAUGAAGAAAAGGAAGUGAUAAAGAUAUGUGACUAUUGUGAAUGGAGCCAUGAGAUAGAUUUGUUCAUCAAGAUGUUAUGUGGAUAAAAGGGUUUUGUAUGUAUGAGUUGAAUCAGUAUGUUUACAUAAUUUGUAUUUUUUUUUUUUUUAGGAAUUUUGAUGUUUUCCUAUAUAUAUAAUUUGGGUGAGAUGCUGCAACUGUAACUUUCUACAAGGUCCUGUUUGGUAUCUAGAAAAAUUGUUAGUAUUUAGUAAAUAUAAAUGUAAUUUUCAU